AUGUCGGAAAACGUUGCUGCGGCGCAGCGGCGCUGGCAGGCUGGCAUGCAUGAGGUGGAGGCCUAUCUCAACGCGCUGGACUCGGCCCGCGCGGACAGCGCGAAAGCGGGGCUCUACCACCGAGCGCAGCAGUGCAUGCAGCACAUGGAGAAGAUCAUUCGCCUGCUCGCCAAGCGAAUCGCGAGAGAGGCGAACAUUAUGGCAGAGCGCGCGCGGCAGGCGUUGACAGAGCAGCAGCGACUGUUGCAGCGGAACCUCCGCAAGCGCUGGAAGACCAAGAUGCUGGUGUACGAGGAGAAUGCCUCAGCGAUGCUAGCGGCUGCGGAGCAGCAUCACUACGCGGAGCGCGUGCGGGAGGAUGAGCGCGCGCACGAGGAGCUGCGCAGCGUGCGAGCGGGUGGUUCCAUGGCGCAUUCCAGGUCCUCAAAGGUGCAACACCUGCAAAGCGAAAUCCAGCUGUACCUGAGGCAGCAUCGCUAUCGUGAAGCGGAGCGGGCGCAGGCGCAGCUAAGCCGAUUUGAGAAGCAAGAGCAACAGUCGCAGCAGAGGAACCUCACCCAUCUUCAGGAGCAGCGGCUGCAAGCGAUGCGAAUGAAACAAGAAGAGCAGCUGGCCAAAAUGAAGGCGGCAUAUCAACAAGAAAAGCAAGAGAUAACCCGCACUUGCCGCGCAGAGCUGGAUGCUAUGACUCGUCAACACGAGGUUGCCCUACAAGCGGUGGAGGAACGACGCCUAUUUCUCCACGAAAGGGUUCAGGCGAUCUUGAAGGCGUACAACGACGCCGACACGCUGGACCCGCGGGCAGCAGGGCAAAAACUGAUACGGAUUUCACAGCUAUUGUGGACAUCUCGCGAGGUGCAGCAGUCGAGUAAGCGCAUUUGA